AUGUACCCCAUAGAGUUGGAUCUGGAUUUCCUGGAGAGACGCCAGCAUGCCACUUCAGGAGCAUCAGGAUGCCAGGAGAACGGUCAGGAGCAGGAGCAGCGAUCGCCGAUCGAGAUCAGUCCAGAAUCGGUCGACAGGAUUAAGGUUAUUUUAUUGGGGGCGCCGGCCGUUGGCAAGACGUCCAUAAUACAACAAUUCGUAUGGAACGACUUCUGCGACGAGUACGUCCCGACGGAGCGGAAGCACACCUACUACCCGUCGGUGAUAACGAACGAGCGCCUCUACGAGAUCAAGAUCUCUGACCUGCCGGUGAUCCCCUACUUCCCGGUGAAUUCGUACUACGAAUGGGCGAACUACCGGUACUACGGGCUGCGCAGCGCCACCGCCUACGUGCUGGUGUUCGAUCUGUCGAACAUCGACACGUUCCAGUACGUCCGAACGCUGCGCGAGCAGAUCUGCGAGUCGCGCAACAUGCAAAACGUGCCGCUGCUGGUGGUGGGCAACAAGCAGGACCUGGUGGGGCCCGAUGGGACGGCUGGCGGCGGCGGCGGCAAGCCGGCGAUAACGGGCGGCGUCGACGAGAAGCGCAGGGACAUCGUGAAUUUGGUGAAGAAACAUUGGAAGUCGGGUUAUAUCGAAUGUAGCGCCAAGUACAAUUGGAAGGUAGUGGCCGUAUUUAAGGAGUUGAUCAAUAUGAUCGAUAGUUUGAGUAGCAGGGAUCAGAGCCCGAUGAUAGAUAAUAUUCAGGAAGCUUUAGAUAGGAAUAAGUGUAUUGUUAUUUGAUUCGUUUCGAAGGUUUUUUGGUUCGUUUACGAGCGGUUUCGGUGAAUUUUUUUUUUCUGGUAUUAAAUUGUCUAAAGGAAGUUCUGGUUGGUUGGUAACGAAUGGUUUGCUACCAAUAUUGAUCAAAUGCAAAUUUAUCAAUUGGACUCCGAUAUCACAUCGAUAAACAAUCACACAUUUUUGCCAAUUCCUCAACGUUUUGGGUAAGCAAUAAAGUAAAAUAACCCAAACUUUUACUUACAAUGGCCAGUUAUAACAUACCAUAUUAUUUAGCAAUAAAUAAAAACAUACAAUAAUUUUAUAAAGGUUUAAUACUGCGAAAUUCAAAAGUAUCAACAAUAUACUUUAACAAGAGAUUUAGUUAAUAUACUUAA